AUGAUGACCUGCUCUGACGAUGCCCGCCACAUGACGGAUGAGAGCUCAACAUGGAUUCAUCGAGGUCGCAAGGCGGCGCACUGGAGACCUAUUCGCACAAAUCUACAAUCUCAACUCCAAGACAAUCCCCUACAGCUUCUGUUUACAUCCGCUGUCCAACCAAAUAAUAUUACUACACCUUCCGGAGUCACCUUUGGAAAACCUGGACCUUCAUCCUUGGCAGAAUUACUAAGGGCCAUCGAACGCGCCAAGCGAUCAGUCUCUUCAUCUGCCAAAGCUGCUAAUCAGCUUUUGACAUCCAAAGAUGUUGCCCCCUCCUCUACUUCAACUAUGAAUCCCACCGCUACCACUGCCUUCUCCACUUUAACAGCAUCCGCUUCAGAUUCUCCCAUAAAUGAAUCUUUUGUUGCUGUUCUCGGAUUAACUUUCGAUGCCUAUGUGCAGUUCAUGGAUUACACAGCCUUCGCUAGAGCCAUGCAGGCACUAGGGGGCAUGAAACUGGUCUACGCCCCCAGGAUGCGCGAAGCAGAUACAGGCUGUGUGUAA